GGAAGAGACUGACGUGUUAUUUCUGCUUCUCUCACACUGACUCUCUUCUCUACUGACAAAAACAAUAAAGAACCAGCCAUCAGUGAAGAACCAAGAGAAACACUUUACAGAAGGAUCUUUAUGGAGUUUGGUUCUGAAUAGAUAUUAGAUAUUUGUGAUUCUCGAGGGGAUUUGUUUUUCAAACUGUCAUAAGUAAAGUUUAGAUCAUUGGAGCUCUAAGAGUGAAAAUGGCUUCUCUAUCUGAAGAUGAUUUUUCUUGUCCUGUAUGUAAGGAAAUCUUCAAGAAUCCUGUUCUUUUAUCAUGUAGUCACAGUGUCUGUAAAGAGUGUCUUCAACAGUUCUGGAGAAUUAAGAAAACUCAGGAGUGUCCCGUCUGCAGGAGAAGAUCAUCAAGAGACCUUCCUCCAUUAAAUCUUGUGUUAAAAAACUUGUGUGAGUCGUUCCUGAAGGAGAGAAAUGAGGUUCGUUCAUCAGGAUCUGAGGAGAUCUGCAGUUUACACCGUGAGAAACUCAAACUCUUCUGUCUGGAGGACAAACAGCCGGUGUGUUUAGUGUGUGUUAACUCUCAGAAACACGACAAUAACACAUUCAGACCCAUCGAUAAAGUGGUUUCAUCAUAUAAGGAGGAGCUCAAUACAGCACUGAAGUCCUUACAGGACAAACUUCAACACAAUGAAAACAUUAAAGGAGAGUUUGAGAAAACAGCUGAACACAUCAAGUCUCAAGCUGAGCACACAGAGCGUCAGAUUAAACAGCAGUUUGAGAAGCUUCAUCAGUUUCUCAGAGAUGAAGAAGAAGCUACAAUCACUGCACUGAGAGAGGAAGAGGAGCAGAAGAAGCAGAUGAUGAAGGAGAAGCUGGAGGAGAUGAACAGACACAUCUCAGCUCUUUCACACACAAUCAAAGACACGGAGGAGAAGAUGAGAGCCAGUGACGUCUGCUUUCUGAAGGAGUUUCCGGUCUCGAUGGAAAGAGUCCAGAUCUCAUCACAGCUGGAUCCACAGACUCCUUCUGGAGCUUUGAUUCAUGUGCCACGUUACUUGGGGAACCUGUCCUUCAGAGUCUGGAAGAAGAUGCAGGACAUCGUCCAGAACACUCCUGUGAUUCUGGAUCCAAACACGGCUCAUCCACUCCUCGUUCUGUCUGAUGAUCUGACCAGUGUGACAUACAUCUUGAACAAUCAACAUCUUCCUGAUAAUCCAGAGAGAUUUCAGUAUUUUUCCUGUGUUCUGGGUUCAGAGGGUUUUAACUCAGGAACACACUGCUGGGAUGUGGAGGUUAAAGAGAGUUCACUCUGGAUUAUAGGAGUAACUACAGCAUCAAACCAGAGGAAGGGUUGGGAUUUCUAUAAGACUGGUGUUUGGUGUGUGUGGUAUGGAGUGUCUCCAGGUUCUGGUGUUCGUGUUAAACGUAAUCUUGAUCGUGUGAGAGUGAAUCUGGACUAUGACAGAGGAACAGUGUCAUUCUCUGAUCCUGUAACUAACACGCAUCUACACACAUUCACAACCUCCUUCACUCACACACUCUUUCCUUUCUUCUGGUGUUAUGAUUCUUCCUCUCUGAGGAUCUUAUCGAUCAGUAGUCAGUAAUCUGUACCUCUGGAUCUUCUUACUUCCAUCUUUCAUCAUGUUUCAGUAUUUAAUCACAUGAGUAAGAGAUAAGUUCUACAGUUAUACUAUAAUUACAGUUAGAUAACGUGAGAAACAUCUUAAUAACAACCAUAACCAGAUGCUAGCUCUCAUAUUUGUAAGUUUUUAGUCUUUCUGCAAUAUUUCUCUCCCUGAUGAAUGAGUUUCAAUGAAGACUCUUCAGAUAAU